GCAAGUUGCGCCGCUUCAGUCUGCUCCACGUACGUGCGGACAAGUAACGCAAACUAACAAUAAAUAAUAAAAAAAGAAGAGAGGGCGCCUGGUUUGUUUGCCGGCUUGUAGCUCGGCAAUCGUGCUCUUCGCAAUUCGAAGCAAACCCUUCGCGGUAGGUCAGGCAACACAUUACUGUAGCAAGAAGAGCGUAUUACCGAAUUACUCUUGCUGUUUAGCACCAUGAGACGCGGCAGCUUUGCACGUGCUGUUGUAGCGCAAAGCACCGCCGCCACCACCUCCUGCUUUCCUUCGCUCAUCCCUUCCACUGCCGCCGCAGCCGUUUGCGCCGUUCCUUUGCACACCGCCCGUCGGCACAAGUCCUUCGCCGAGAAGAUAACACGACAUGACCCUCAUGCGCAUGGGCAACGCGCACGAGCCGCGGUCCUACACCUCGAAGGAUGCCGGCGGGGGCCCUCAACGAGGUGCGGGUCACGACCCGGUCUUCGCAGCCUACGUGGUUAAUAAGCUGACAGGGCCGCUGAAGCGCAAGAUGGGCAACCAGCCAGAGGAUUUCCUCAACGUGGAUGAGGCAAGCAAGUGGAUGGACGCGAAGCACGCGGCGAAGGUCCUGGGGAUCAAGGAAGAAGACCUCCCGAAGCUGAAUCGAGAAGUUUUAGAGGAGAAGUGGCGCAAGACGUACAAGGAGCGCACGAACGCGCAGCAGGAGGAGGUGCUCAUUGCGACGGAGGUGCUGCUGGAGUACCUCGAUUCGUCCGUGUUUAUGAAGAAGAGCCGACAGUACUACCGCAAGUUCAUCGACAACGCCCGUGCGGAGGUGGAGCAGGAGCUGACGACGGAGCGCAGAAACCGCAAUCAGUCGCUCAUGUGGCUCUUCGGCUUCGCCAUGACAGGUGCGUGCUUCGUCGUGCUCUUCGUGGCCUUCUCCCGCCGCUACGUUACCCGCAAGGAUGUGCACAACAUCGGUGCGAAAACCUCUGAGUACUUCGUCAUGACCUUCUUGCAGCCCAAGAACCCCGAGCCGAAGCCGGACUACAACACCCGCUACUUCAACACGCCGACAUCGAUGGAGAUCGAUCAGAAGUCUGGGCGAUACGCGAAUCAGUUCAUGGGCGAUGAGGCAGCCCGGCAUGCCGCGGAGGCUGCGGCGUACACGGAGCGGGAGUCGGCGGAGGUGUUGAAGCUGUUCAACGACGAGCGAGAGCGCGGGGCGCGGGAUACGCAGAACGAGUUAGCGCGUGAGAGUCGCGUUGCUGUCUACCUACCGGAGGAGGUGCACCACGGCGAGCCGCGACCCGUCGCACGCGCCGAUACGCCGACGGCGUUUGAGAAGAUGACGUUUCGCGAUUUCAGCAACAUGCUGGCGAGCAACUUCGGUGGUGGAUCUCGCUUUCAACGACUGACGGAGGAGACGUCGGCGCGCUCUGACAAGCUGUACUCCGCCCGUGAACGUUUGGGCGUGUCGUCACCCAAAUCAGACGAGCCGUAA